UUUCAUCGCGGAUAUGGCGAUUUUCAAAUGAAGCUGAAAGUGGUUUUUCCUGAAAAGUAAAAGCGCGCACCUCUGUAGCCACACACAUACAAAUAUACGCCACAUUGGCAUCCUACGAGUCAGCCAAACACUUGAGACCUGUUCACUUACUGGCAUUGAAUUGCAUCUGAAUGUUGAACGCGUUUGGACAAUUAUUGAUUUCGUGAAAGAAACUGGAAAGCAAGAAAUUUUAAAAAAUAACGAAAUAUAUAAAUCACAACAGAUAUUCUUUACAUUCACCAAAAGACUAGACAUCGUCAAUAUGUUACCACUUUGCCGUAAACUUCUAUUUUUACUACUCAUUCCAUUGAUACUUCCAACCGACGCAAUUUUCACCGUUACUUCACGCAAAGUAAAGCGUACCGGAACCUAUUUAAACGUACCACCGCCACCACUGCCACAGCCUCAACCCACACCGACCGCAGCUGCCUCACAUCACGUGGAGCACGAACCUUAUCCCUACGAAGAUAUCAAUGAACACGACUUUCACUCUCAGCCACAGUACGAAACUGAAUUCACACCCACACAAACAAAUACCCAUGCACAUUCUUCAGCUUCCACUGGCAAAUUCCUCAUCGACAAUGGUUUGCGUAGCAUCGCGAAGGGCUCAGCAGACCAGGCCAACUCCGCGGUGGCAAGUCAAAAUGCUGCCGGUAAGCAAGCCGCUUACGUUGCGAAGAGCACACUUGCGCAAGCAGCUGCACAAGCGGCCGGUACCGCGGUGGCUGUGUUAAAAGGUAAAGAAGUACUUUUACGCCGGCUUGAAGAUCAAAAUAUAGAUGAACAUAAAGGUUUGGAAGGCGAAUUAACGCAACUGCAACAGGCGAAACGUUCCGCUAAGACCGCACAAUAUGCAGCACAACAGGCAAUAAAUCAUGUUUCCGUGCUAACGGCAGCAUUAAACAAUGCACAGUCGGCAUCGGAGCUGACACAGAGAGCGGCUUCUGAGGCGGCAGCCGAAUUGGCGUCACAAAUCGACAUGGUUGCGCAGGCCAAGGCGAAGUUGGAGCAAAUUGAAUCACAACUCUAUACGGCACGUUUGGAUUAUGAAGAGACGAAGGAGGCGGCAGAGAAGGCAACAUCGUCUGCACAAGAGGCGCAGAUUAACGCCAACGAUGCUGCUGUGCAUGCGAAUGUGGAGCUGAGCGAGACCGUGCAUGUGGGUGCAAAUGAUAAGAGCGAUUACAAUGUGGCGACAGUGAUUACUGUAGACACUACGAAACGGGCUGCCGGUCCUAUUGGGUCAAGUCAAGGUUUUCUGCCCAUUCGUAAGAAGUAAAUGGUGGAAGUUGAGUGGAUUUUGCAUUAUAACGUAAUCUUCUUACAACAAUUAAAAAAUAUAAUAUAUAAUAUU